AUGUCUUCCGCCUCGUCAAAGUACAACCCGGCAGACUUCACGAAGCUGUACAUCAACGGAGAGUACGUACCGGCCAAGUCUGGAAAGACAUAUGCCCUGAAGAACCCCAAGAACAACCAGGAAGUUGUCAAUGCCGUUCCCAUAGCUGGCGAAGAAGAUGUUGAGAUUGCGGUGCAAGCUGCUGAAGCGGCGUACGCUGGAGAAUGGAGCAAAUUCACCGCAUUACAAAGAACAGAGUGCUUGCACCGACUCGCUGCGCUCAUGGAAGAAGAGCUGAUUCCUAUACUGUCUCUGGACUCCCUUACAUCCGGCAAUCCAACAUCGAUAAUACCCACAAGAGAAAAAACGUACAUCAAGAACUGCAUUCUCUACUUUUCGGGGUGGACAGACAAGCAGAAGGGAGACUUCUUUCCUGCUGAUGAUGGCUUCACCAAGAUAGUUACUCACGAACCUCUUGGAGUGUGCGCCGCCGUGAACCCUUUCAACGCCCCUGUACCGACAAUGAUACUCAAGGUCAUCCCAGCCUUGGCAACAGGCAAUGUGAUAAUCGUCAAACCUUCUGAAAAGACACCACUUGGGAGCUUGGCUAUCGCCCCUCUCUUCGAGAAGGCCGGGAUUCCAAAGGGAGUUGUGCAGGUUGUUACCGGGGCUGGAGAUGUUGGUGCACUCUUGGCGAGCCACAUGCGAAUACGCAAAAUCAGCUUUACGGGGAGUAUUCCAACGGGAAAGAAAAUCCAAGAGGCGGCGGCGAAGAGCAACUUGAAACGAGUCACUCUUGAGCUUGGCGGGAAGAGUCCAGCGGUCAUAUUCGAGGAUGCCAAUCUGGACAACGCUUUAACAUGGACUGUCAACGCCAUCCUUGCUCGGUCAGGUCAAGUCUGUGUCGCUGCCACCCGCGUGUACAUUCACUCUUCCAUCUCGAAGGACUUCAUCGACAAAUACGUGGAGAGAAUGAAGGCUGCCACCUCCGAUAUUGGAGAUCCACAGGACAGCAGCGUCAAGAUCGGACCGUUGGUCGACGAAGGCCAGUUUGAGAGAGUUCGUGGAGUGAUCGAACGCGGUAAGAAAGAGGCAGAACUUGUGGUUGGUGGUGUCCAGCACGGUGAUACUGGAUGCUACAUGGAGCCAACUGUGUUCCUCAACCCAAACGCAGAUGCCGAGAUCUACAAGAACGAAAUCUUCGGACCUGUAGCGGUGAUCAAGACCUUUGAAACCGAGGACGAGGUGCUCAAGUUGGCGAACGAUACGGAGUACGGCCUAAUGAGCGGUGUUUUCACCAAGGAUAUCAGUCGCGCACUCCGUGUGUCUAAAAGGCUUGAUACGGGUGUUGUAGGAAUCAACUGCGUUAGCUAUAUGAAUAUGCAAGUACCAUUUGGAGGACGAAAGCAAUCUGGUAUCGGUCGAGAGUUUGGAGAAUACGCUUUGCGUGCGUACACUGAACCCAAGACGGUUCUCAUCAAUAUGAACGCUUAG